CGCCGGCGCCGACGCACCCACAUCUCUCUCUCUCUCUCUCUCUCUCUCUCAUGAAACCAUGGAAACAAAUCAAAACUCUCACCUCUCUCAAUCCCAAACCUCUCUCUACUCUCUCUCCUCCAUCAAAAGCACCGAAACCCACCUCAAUCCCACCAUCAAAAUCCCACCUUUACGCUUCCUUCUUCUGCUCUCUCAUCUCCUCCUACCUAAACUGCUCCCAAUUCAAUGAAGCCUCACAAGCAUUCACCCAAAUGAGAUCCCUCGGCCUGAACCCAACUCUUCGCUCAUGGAAUCUCCUCCUUCACAAGUUCAACUCCUCAGGGCUCGUCUCCCAGGUACCUGUAAUCUACUCCCAACUCCUCGGCUGCCAUGAACCCAACUUUUUCUCUCACGAUGUGAUGGUUCACGCUUUGUGCAAAAUGGGCAUGCUAGAAAAAGCUACGGAAUUCGUUAGGACAGUCGAAAUCGAUAUGAUUGGUUAUAACGUUGUGAUUUGGGGGUUCUGUGAGCGUGGGAUGGUUGAGACUGCGACUGGGUUUUUGUCUGAAAUGGUGAAGAAGGGUGUUGGUGUUGAUACAAUUAGUUGCAAUACUUUGAUUAAGGGGUUUGUAAGAAAAGGGCUGCUGGAUUAUGCUGUGUAUUAUAUGGAGAUGUUGGUUCGAGGAGGAGUUGAGAGAGAUGUUGUCGGGUUUAAUACGUUGAUUGAUGGGUAUUGCAAGCUUGGGACGGUGAAUGAGGCUAGCAAAGUGGUCGAAAGUAUGAGAGAGGAGGGUGUUUUCCCCGAUAUCAUCAGUUACAAUACUUUGAUCAACGGGCUUUGUAGGAUUGGGGAGUUUGGCUUGGCAAAGAGUCUUAUGGAUGAUAUGGGGUCAGAAUUGUUGGCUGAUGUUGUUACUUAUACAACCCUAAUCGGCGCAUAUUGUAAGAAGAAAGGAAUGGGGGAGGCUUCCUCGUUGUAUGAGGAGAUGGUUAGGAGUGGAAUUUUGCCAGAUGUGGUAACUUACAGUUCCCUUAUGAAUGGCCUUUUCAAGAGCGGGGAGUUAUCGAAGGGUCAUGCUCUUCUUAGGGAGAUGGAGAAGAUGGGUGUUGUUCCUAAUUAUGUCUCAUACUCUACCCUGAUGGAUGCUUUGUUGAAAGCUGGGAAAGCUAAAGAGUGUUUGGCUAUUUUACGGGAAAUGAUUGUUCGAGGUAUCCCUUUGGAUUUGGUUUCGUACACUACUUUGAUGGACGGACUAUUUAAAAUGGGAAAAUUCAAUGAAGCAGAAGAUGUGUUUCUUUUGAUGUCAUCUCUUCGUGUUGUCCCCAAUCACAUCUUAUAUACUGCAUUGAUUGAUGGGCGAUGCAAAGCAGGAGAUAUUACGGGUGCGGAAUCAGCACUUCGAGAAAUGGAGAAGCAGUCUUUGAGGGCAAAUGUCGCUACUUAUUCCUCAAUCAUAAAUGGUUAUAUAAAAAAAGGAAUGCUUGCUGAGGCUCUUGAUGCCAUGAAGAAGAUGAAGGAAGAAAAAAUUACUCCAAAUAUUGUGACUUAUGCUACACUUACUGAUGGCUUCUUCAAAAUGGGCAACCAAGAGGCAGCUUUUGAUCUCUAUGAAGAAAUGAGGAACGAAGGUCUUGAACUUAAUAACGUUGUUGUUGAUGUCUUGGUAAAUGGUUUAAGGAAGAAUGGAAAAUUCGAGGAAGCUGAGAGCUUAUUCAAGGAAAUGAGAGAAAAGGGUAUCAUGCUCGAUCGUGUAAACUAUGCCUCUAUGAUGGAUAUGCUUUUUAAAAAGGGAAACUUCUCCGCGGCUUUUGAAAUAGAGCACGAAAUGACAGAUAAAAAUGUAGGCCAUGACAUUGUUGUGUAUAAUAUCCUCAUUAAUUGUCUUUCUGCACUUGGAAAGUUCGAAGAAGCAAAAAGCUUUUACUUCCAAAUGGAAAAUAUGGGCUUAACUCCUGAUCAUGUUACAUACAACACUAUGGUUGGUGCUCAUUGCAAAGAAGGAAAGCUUGAUGAGGCUCUCGAACUCAGUAAUGAAAUGAAGAGUGUUGGAUUGAUACCUAAUUUGAUCACUUAUAGCACUUUAAUCAUGGCUUUAAGUGAAGCUGGGGAUGUGGCAUCAGCAAUGCAGCUGUUAAAUGAAAUGGCUACUGUUGGGAUCUGCCCAAAUCCUUCAACUCACAGGAAAGUGUUAAAAGCAUUUUCUAAGAAUAAACGUGCUGAAUUAAUACUCGAGAUGCAUAGGAAAAUGACAGAAAUGGGGCUAUGUCCUGAUAUCACUGUUUAUAAUACACUCAUUCAUGUUUUGUGCAAGCUCGGGAUGACAAAAAAAGCUGCCGUUGGUUUAAGGGAUAUGUUGGAAAAGGAAAUAUCAGCAGAUACCACUACUUAUAAUAUUCUCAUUCUUGGACAUUGUCGAAGUGGCCAUCUAGAUAAAGCUAUUGAUACAUAUUAUGAAAUGAUUUCUAAAGGAGUAUUCCCAAAUGUUGCGACAUAUAAUACCCUUUUAGGUGGAUUGUCAAAUGCUGGAAGAAUGAUAGAGGUUGAUAAACUAAUGAAUGAGAUGCAGGAAAGGGGUUUAUAUCCUAAUAAUCUUACUUAUGACAUUUUAAUUUCUGGCUACGGAAAGCAAAGUAACAAGAAGGAAUCUGUAAUGUUAUACCUUGAAAUGGUAAGGAGAGGCUUUGUUCCCAAACUUAGCACAUACAAUGUGCUUAUUGCUGACUUUGCCAAGGCAGAAAUGAUGAAGCAAGCCAGAGAAUUAUUCAAUGAAAUGCAAAAGAGGGGUAUUACCCCUAAUUUUUCAACAUAUGACAUAUUAAUCUGUGGAUGGUCGAGACUAUCAAAUAGAUCUGAAGCUAUGAGGCUACUUGAUGAGAUGAAAAAAUUAGGGCACGUGCCUUCUGAUACUACUCUUAGCUUUGUUACCCAUGCCUUUGCAAGAGCAGGAAGGAGAGAGAGACUAAUGAGACAGCUGAAAAAGUUGUACAAACUGAAAACUGUUGAAAGUGAGGCUUCCUCACUAGUAGAAGCUUAGAGAUCAAGAUUAGAUGAAAAUAUAUUUUACUGCAGUUGGAGGCAAAUGCCAGACAAAGAGGAUUCCAGAAGUUCAGGAUAAACUGAUAUUAUUAAUCUUUGUGGGAUAUUAGGGUCGUCACUUUUACUGAUGGUGAAAGUUAUUGCCUGCUCAUUUGUUAUGCUAGCGGCUACAGUGGACAUUGCUUAUUUCACAAAUUACUGAAAAUACCAAGAAAAUGGUGAUACCAAACUUUUCACUUGGAUUACACUUAAGAUUACUGGGAAGCUCACAGUGAAGACGUGGUUGCGUGAUUCUCCAAGAACUGGAAUUGAAGACUAAUUACUCAACGGCUCUCUUGUUCUGCAACUGAAAACUAUAGAGCACAAAGGGGGGAUUGAUGGAGACUAGCUUCCCAAAAACAGAAUGUCACACCAUCUGCUGGUAUUCAUGCAAUAGGCUUCUGUAAAUUUCCUUCAGAAGGAGUUGAACUUUCUGCAGCAAGCUCAAACUUUGCCUCUUGCGACUACCAUACAAGAAAAAUUCUUUGAGCCGUUUGCUUUCUGCCAGGAUCUUGUAUUCCUCCGAAGGAAAUCAAAUCAAUUGUAUAUGUUCUUUUAUAUGUUUGUUGUUGGCGAUUUUAAUGGUUAUGUUGUGUAUAAACUGUAUUAUAAGCCUACCCAUGUAUUCAUAGUUGCAUUGAAGGAUGUUGUUGUGCCAAAGCUUCUGUUAGCAGUAAAUUUUUAUGCUUCUCUUGU